AUGGCCUUCAUCCUUAGUGGGAGGAGCAACCCUCUCUCUCCCUGGCUCCUCCUCCUCUUUAUGUUGCUAGCCAACGUGCCUAGCAACUUGACCCGCCCCUUCUUCGGCCCGCCUGCCGUCAACGUUGCCGUGGUGUUCAGUGGCUCCGCCUACCAGGCCGAGGUCAAGGGUCGUCUGAGCAGAGAGAACUUCCUGGAUCUGCCCCUGGAGACCAACCCGGUAACCGUGCUGGUCAACGACACCAACCCCCGAGCACUGCUCACAAGGAUAUGUCAGGUGGUGGCCAGUGAGAGUCUUCAGGGUCUGGUGUUUGAGGACGAUGUCGACUCGGAGGCCGUUGCCCAGAUCCUGGACUUCAUCUCAUCGCAGACCGCUCUGCCCAUCAUAGGCAUUAAUGGAGGAUCAGCUGUCGUCAUACCACACAAGGCAGAGGGCUCCACCUUCCUGCAGAUGGGGGCGUCCCUGGAGCAGCAGAUCACGGCCAUGUUCAAGCUGAUGGAGGAGUAUAACUGGGGCAGCUUCGUGGUCAUCACCAGCCUGUAUCCCGGAUACGAGGCCUUCGUCGACUACAUCCGCACCUUCACGGACACUUCCUACUUCCUGUGGGAGUUACAGGAAGUCAUAACCUUCGACAUGUCGGUGGGCGGGGCUAACGAGGUGCGGUCGCGACGCCUCCUGCAGCAGGUGGAUGCACAGGUGCUGUUGGCCUAUUGCUCGCAUGAGGAGGCGGGACAUCUGUUUGAGAUGGCGUCCGGUGUCGGGCUAUUGGGCCCUGGAUACAUAUGGGUGGUGCCUAGCGUUUCCAUCGGCAACCCGGAGGUGGAGCCUCCUGCCGUGUUCCCCGUCGGCUUGAUCAGCGUUGUCACGGAGCGCUGGAGGAAAUCGCUACGGCAACGGGUGCGAGAGGGUGUGGCCAUUGUUGCCAAGGGCGUGAACAGCUUCUACCGAGCGUACGGAUUCGUCCCCGAGACGCAGAGAGACUGCAAUGGACCUGCCCCCUCUCAGCUCAACUUAACUAUAUUCAGGCACAUGUUGAACGUGACUUGGGACCAUAGGGACUUGUCCUUCAACAGCAAUGGCUACCUGAGUAACCCUGCAAUGGUCAUCAUCGCACUGGACCGAGAGAGGCAGUGGGACAAGGUGGGCACCUUUGAGAGCGGCAUCCUGCAGGUGCGGUACCCCGUGUGGCCUCGCUACGGUAGCUACCUGGAGCCCGUCUCCGACAACCGGCACCUGACUGUGGCGACCCUUGAGGAGCGACCCUUCGUCAUCGUGGAGAGCGUCGACCCGGCAACUGGAACCUGUGUACGGAACACCGUGCCCUGCCGUCGGCAGGCCAACCGCACAGAGACUAUAACAGGUCAUUCGGAGCCGUACACCAAGCUGUGCUGCAAGGGGUUCUGCAUUGACAUCUUGAAGAAGCUGUCGCGCACCAUUAAGUUCACCUAUGACCUGUACCUGGUCACCAAUGGGAAGCACGGAAAACUAGUACGGGGAACGUGGAACGGCAUGAUUGGAGAGGUCUUUUAUAGGCGUGCUGACAUGGCGAUCGGCUCCUUGACGAUAAAUGAGGAGCGCUCUGAGAUCAUCGACUUCUCCGUGCCCUUCGUGGAGACGGGCAUCAGCGUCAUGGUCGCCCGUAGCAACGGGACUGUCUCACCCUCCGCCUUCCUAGAGCCCUAUAGUCCUGCUGUCUGGGUGAUGAUGUUUGUCAUGUGCCUGACCGUGGUGGCCAUCACUGUGUUCGUAUUCGAAUACUUCAGUCCAGUCGGAUACAACCGCAGUCUUAUCAGUGCCAAAGAUCCAGGAGGUCCCACCUUCACCAUUGGCAAGUCUGUGUGGCUGCUUUGGGGCAUCGUCUUCAACAAUUCGGUUCCGGUGGAGAACCCAAAAGGAACCACCAGCAAGAUCAUGGUUCUCGUCUGGGCCUUCUUCGCCGUCAUCUUCCUGGCCAGCUACACUGCCAACCUGGCUGCCUUCAUGAUCCAGGAACAGUACAUCGACACCGUGUCAGGACUCAGCGACAAGAAGUUCCAGAAGCCUCAGGACCACUACCCCCCCUUCCGGUUCGGGACGGUGCCCAAUGGGAGCACAGAGAGGAACAUCCGCAGCAACUACCCCGACAUGCACACACACAUGAUGAGGUACAACCAGAGGGGAGUGGAGGACGCUCUCAACAGCCUCAAGACAGGGAAGCUAGAUGCCUUCAUCUAUGAUGCUGCGGUGCUGAACUACAUGGCGGGAAAGGACGAGGGAUGCAAGCUGGUCACCAUCGGCUCUGGGAAGGUGUUUGCCACUACUGGCUAUGGCAUCGCCCUGCAGAAGGAGUCUCGUUGGAAACGCCCCAUAGACCUCGCCCUGCUCCAGUUCCUGGGAGACGGUGAUACCGCGCGACUGGAGACGGUGUGGCUGUCUGGUAUCUGUCAGAACGAGAAGAACGAGGUGAUGAGUUCUAAGCUGGACAUCGACAACAUGGCGGGGGUGUUCUACAUGCUGCUGGUUGCCAUGGGACUGAGCCUGCUGGUGUUCGCCUGGGAGCACCUGGUCUACUGGAAACUACGCCACUCCAUACAACACUCCACACAGCUAGACUUCCUAUUGGCUAUUAGCAGGGGCAUGUACAGCUGCUUUAACGGUGUGGAGGACCAGGGCAAGCAGUCACCUGGAGGCCUUCAGCAUCCUGACGUCACCACCAGCUACGCACAAGCUAAUAUGCUACACAUGCUAGCCACCGCUCGCGACCUGGUCUCCCACAGCAAGGUGGAGAACUCUCUACAGCAGGCCACUCGCACCAUCCAGAGCUGGGGUCGCCACGGCUACAGCAGCAGCAGCCUCCCCGCCCGGUUGCCCCCGGUUACCGCCUCCUCGGACACCAUGCUGCCGGGACACUUCUCCUACAUCGGGACUGCCGUGUAUGACGCCGUAUCUAUGGUACCCGUAUCCAUGGUACCCGUAUCCAUGGUACCUGUCACCAGCCUCAGCGCCCCUCACCUGGGUCCGGCGGCCCCUCAGCCUCAAGGACCUCCCCCUCUUCUGACAUCAUCACAUCAAACCACGCCUCUUCCUGCCCCGGCAGUGUCCAACGGCGCCCCGUGUGGUGGCUAUGGGGAACUGCAGCUACCCGACAUCUACGCAGAGCACCACCAGGGGUUGGGGGUGAAGGUCACGGGGGGGUCGUUGUGCGUGCGGGGAGGUGCAGAGGGGCAGCAGCGGAGCAGGAAGAGGCGAUCGCGAUCUAGCAGCAGCAGCUACGCCAUCGAGGCCCUGGACCUGCGCCGUUGUCACGACUACCCCGACCACCAUCACCACCACCCUCACCACCAUCAUCAUCACCAUGGUUAUGGACAUGACGAAGAUCACCACCACAAGAGCCCCCAAGCCAGCGGAGGGGCGGUGUACCUGUCCGGCAGCUGUGAGUCGUGCUCCCGUCUCUAUGGCGACACAGGAGGGGUCAUAGUUCACGAGGACGUGGUGCCCCUGAUUGGUCGUCGUAAAGCGCAUCGCCGACCCUCCUUCCUACGGGCUACCUGGGGGGGGAAUGGCUCGGAGUGUUUGGCCGUGGCACGACCCCCCCCACCACACGAGAGGCUGUCCCUGUACCACCCUCCUCCUCCUCCACCGCCACCCGCCAUGCCCCGCCACAGAGCCCCUCGUAGCCAAUCACGUAAGAGCCUGAAGCUGCUACGCCACUCCCAGUCCACGCGGCUGCCUUCCUACCGCGAGGCGUUGCUAAGCAACAGUAACAUGGCGGCCGUGCGGCGGGCGACGAGUCUUCUGCAGCGCGGCGUGGCUCCUCCCCCUCUCAGGGUGACCUCCGACCCCUCGCUGCCCCUCCCCCUCCCCCUCCCCUACGGCCCCGCCCACGAGCUCUGCCACGUCUUCCCAUGCAUGGGCAGCCCUCACGAG